AUGGAUAUUAAGGUUCUGGCAAAGGAAAUCAGUGAGCAGGACAAGGAACUUCUUGUGUUAAAAACAACUUUUAAUGAAUCUGAGAAAGAAAAAGAUGAGUUAAAAAAAAAAUUUGAAAGGUAUGAGAGCUUUUUUGAUGAAAUAAAGGAAUCUCUGCAAAAAGAAAAAGAUGUAUCUACAUUGGCUAGAUAUAUAGGCCAUUUGAAGCAAGAAAUGAACAAAAAGCAGCAGGAGGUAACAAGAAACCAAGGCUUGAAAGUGGUUUCGUUAAAAUUUCUUAACAGCGGAGAAGAAAUGAGAUCCAAAAGCUAUGCGUGUUUACAAAAGGUCAAUAACAAGUCUUCAAGCAAAGACUUGUUGAUUCGGAUUUCAAAUAAAAGUCCAUAUUAUGCUCCACCAGGGCUCUUAACCAUUACAAACAGAAAAAGGAAAAAGUCAGUAGACAAUGACUCUGUGUUUUUGAAAAGCAGAGGAAGUCCUACAAUCUCUGACACUCAGAGUUUGACUCCGAAUGAUGUAGGAAUUGAUGCUCAGCUAAGAAAACUUAAAGAACGAAUGGAGGCAAUAAUUGAAUAUACAGCAAAGAAAAAUAAAGAAAUAUAG